CGGGCCGGCGGCAGCCGCGCCUGGCCGGGCUGUGGGCGGGGGUUCCGCUGUGCGAGGGGGAGCCGGGCUGUGCGGAGGACCGGGCUGUGAGGGGGGAGCCGGGCUCUGAUGGGGACUGGCCUGACCGCGGCCCUUCUGCGUGCGAGGGGCCGCGGCUCUCGGCGGGCGGGGAGGCCCCUUGGCCUCUGCCCGGCUCCGUGCGCUCCCCGCGGCCCGGGCCGCUGCUGACCGCGCAGCCGGGCCGGGAGAGCCCAGCGCCGCUGUGUGCCCGCUGCUCCCGCUCCGGGAGCGGCCUGCUGCGGCCUGCCGCGUCCGCCGUCGCCUGGCGCGCUUCGGGAGCAGGAGGGGCCCGCUCGCUGCAGGCUUUCAAGUGUUUACGCUUGUCUGCUUUGCUUUCCGCCAGCGAUUCUCAGCCACGUUCGCUUUGUCACCAGGAAUGCAAAUCGUGACAUUUGCCACUAGAUGUCCCUGCAAGCCAAAAGAGUUUUGUUUUCUUAAAUACAACAGGUUUUUUGCAGUCUGGAGCAUUGUUUUGUCAGCUGCAAUUAUCUCCCUCUGUUUUCUCCUUUUAUCUUUUUCAUGAAAUCUUCAUGCAUAUGAAUGCAUGGCCAGGUGUCUUGAUCUUCUGAGAUGUCAGCGUAAGGAGUGGAUGGUCUUGUAGAUUAGCUGUACACUAAUCUUGUCUUCUCCAUACUCAUCGUGAGCAGUCCUCAUAAAAUGGAUGGUUUGGGCAACCUCCUUCCUCUCGUGGGUGAAAGUGGUGAAGUAGCAAAUUCACAAGAAAUACUAAAACUUUUGAUGGAUGAAAAAAUGCGAAGUGAGCACCACAAAGCAAAUUACCAGACUCUAAGGGCAGAACAUCUAAGAUUACAAGAGGAUUAUACCAAAUCACAAGAUGAACUAAAAAGGUUGUUAGUUGAAAAACAGACUGUACAUGACAAAUUUCAGCAGCUUCUUGCUGACUUUCAAGAGCAGUUGCUGGCUAAAACACAAGAGCUGGAACAAGUGAAGCAGCAGGUGCUAACUCCUCAAAAAUUAGAACGGUUAAAAGCAAAAAUGUACGAGGAAUUGGAGUCUCCUAUGAGAGAGCGUUAUCAGAAGCUAGAAAACGAAGUAGAAAAAUACAGAAUACUAUAUAACAAACUUCGUUACGACCAUACCUUUCUGAAAUCCGAGUUUGAGCAUCAAAGGGAAGAACAUGCACAUAUUUUAGAAGAGAAAAAAAUAAAAUAUGAGACUGAGAUUGCAAGACUGGAUAAAGAUAAGGAAGAGCUCCAUAAUCAGCUGCUUAGCAUUGAUCCCACAAGGGACAGUAAACGUGUGGAGGCACUUUCUAGAGAAAAGGCACAACUGUGUCAGAAAUUAAAAGCCUUAGAAGCAGAAGUAGAAGAACUAAGAGCAGAAAGACACAACAGUGUUGUGCAAGCAGAAAAUGUUCAAAGAGUACAAGCACGACAGUUAGCUGAGAUGCAGACCAUGAUGCGAUCUCUAGAGGCAGAAAAGAAGUCUGCUGAACUACAGGUUGAUCGCAUUGAGAAAGAACUGCAGACGAGUCAUGAGCAAAACAUUCUCUUAACUAGCAAACUUCACAAAGCUGAACGAGAAGUCAAUUCCUUAGCUGCUCAAGUAAAAGAACUUAAACAUUCACAUAAGUUGGAAGUAACAAAUGUCAAACUGGAGGCAGCAAGAACAAAGAGUGAAGUAGAAAGAGAGAGAAACAAGAUUCAAAGUGAAAUGGAUGGAUUGCUGUCUGACAAGGAAAUUCUUACUGCAGCUGUUGAACGUCAUAAAGUGCUUUUAGUAGAAAAGGAUCGGGAGCUAAUUCGUAAAGUGCAAGCUGCCAAAGAGGAAGUUUUUGACAAUAUUGCAGCCUUACAGAAUGAAAAGUUAGAACUCGAAAACAGAUUAGCUGAUUUAGAAAAGAUGAAACUGGAACAAGAUUCUUGGAGGCAAUCUGAAAAGGAUCAGUAUGAAGAGAAACUACGUGCUGUGCAGAUGGUAGAAGAAUCUAGCAAAAAGGAACUUCAGCGUUUGCGAUUAAAAAUUCAACAGCAAGCUAUGCAGACAAAAGAGCUGGAAGAAAAGAAAUGUGAAAAUGCUAAUCUGAAACAGCAAAUAAAUGAUAUCCAACUCCAGCUUGCCUCACUUUCUCAAUCAGAAAAAGAUUUGCUGGAAUCUAAUCAAAAGUUGAAGGAAAUAAUAGAGAGAUUGAAACAAGAAUGUCAACAUGCAAGGGCUCAGGCAGAGAAAGCUCAACUGGAAACAGAGAAGACUUCAGAAUAUCAGCGUAUGGAAUGGCUGCAGGAGAAGCAUAUGCUUACUCAGCGCAUCACGGAGUAUGAAGAGAAGUACAAGCAAAUGAAGAACAAGCUAUCUCGAGCUGCUGUUGCUCAGAAAAAGAGAAAGACUCUCAAUGACAAUAAACAGAGGAGGAUGCAUGAGAAAAUAGAACUUUUGGAAGCCAAGAUGGAAGAACUAGAAAAGGAAAAUCAAGUGUUAAAUAGACAGAAUGUUUCCUCUGAAGAAUAUGCUCGCCUCCAGAAGAGGCUAAAGGACUUGCAACGUCGGCACAAUGAAUUCCGGAGUAUAAUUCUGAAUCCUGACAUACCGGCACUCAGUGCAGUCGGUGUAACGCCAUCGUCUGCCUUGCCUCCUGGGCCUGCAGCGUCCUUCUCCUUUCUUCAGGAGGAGCAGCAUCAAAGAGAGCUUGCCCUGCUUGGCAAGCGAUUGGAAGAAUUAGAAACCAGACAAAGAAAACAGCUGGAAGAUCUUGGACCAUCUAGAGAGCGGGUAAUGGUGGGAUGCGGGGACUUGGCAAGAAAUAAGAUCACUGGAGAAGAUGAAGCACAAAAUGAGGACUCCAAAUAAAAUCUGCAUACUCUUUAUGCUGUUAGCUUUCAAAAACUUACCCUUUGUAUAUGCUUUUCAUAUUUUGCCAAAAACAUGGUUGUGUGUGCCUGAAUAGCAUAAAAUACAUUCUGCAUAGUUACCCCUUGGUGGCUCAACUUGUUUUACUGCUGGGUCGAAGGACCAGCAGGUCUAAGGACUUUUCUCACUGGGAAUCGUAAAAAGAAUGUGCAGGGUUGCCAUUCAUGAGGGGGCUACACCCUGAAUUUGUGUUACCAGUGCGAUGAUAUUUACCAUAGCAGCAGUUACAGGCUCAAUAUUGGGAUUCAAUCGCAGAGUUUUUCCAGUCCACUCAACUUCCCGCUUCUCUGAAGUGCUGCUUCUCUGGGCAUGUGUAGGGGAAGUGAAGUCCCUUCCAUCCUGCCAAGAGCAGGUUUGGGAUGAUUUGAUGAGGCUGAAUAGCCACAAGUCUGUGGGGCCUGAUGAUGUGCAUCUCAGGGUCCUGAGGGAACUGGCUGAUGUUGUUGCUGGCUGGUGUUUGGAAGUCAUGGCAAUCAGGUGCUGCCCUCAGUGACUGGAAAAAGGGAAACAUUGCUCCAAUUUUUAAAAGGGAAAAAAGGAUGAACCAUUAAACUACAGACCGGUGUGCCUCACCUCUGUGUCUGGGAUGAUCAUGGAGCAGAUCCUUCUAGAAGAUGUGCUGAGGCAAGUAAAAGACAAGGAGGAGCAGCCAAGGUAGCCAUCAUGGCUUCACUAUGGGCAGAUUUUACCUGAGCAAUAAGGCCUUCUGUGAUGAAGUGACAGCAACAGUUGACAGGGGAACACCAACAAAUGUCAUCAAUUAGACUUCUGUGAGGCCUUUGAUACAGUCCCACAUGACAUGCUGAUCUCCAGAUUGAAGAGAAAUGCAUUUGACGGAUGGAUUUCAGUGGAUAAGGAAUUGGCUGGAUGGACACAGCCAGAGUUGUAGUCCAUGGCUCUAUGUCCAGGUGGAGGAUGGUGAUGAGCGGGGUCCCUCAGAGCUCACUCUUGGGACUGAUGCUCUUCAGUGCCUUCACUGAUGACUGACAGUGAGGUCGAGUGCAGCCUCAGCAGAAGAAAGGGAUGUCAUCCAGAUGUGGGCGCAUGAGGACAUGAUGUAGUUCAGCAAGUCCAAGUGCAAGAUGCUGUAUCUGGGUA